CUGCUAGUAGAGAGCUGUAAGUUGCAAGGUCGUUGGUGAGGGUCCGAGUCUCUUUCGUCUCUUCGAGAACGACCAGCAGGUAACAGUCUGUGAGGGUGUCGUCGCGUUCGGUGGACAAAUACAAGUGGCAAGGGACUCGAGUCGAAGGAUCAUGGUACCGUUUCCGACGGAUGGGUCCGGGACUGUUGGAACGAACGGUUCCCACCGCCGGGUCUCCGUUGCGACGGCCGUAGUCAGAAUGGGACGUACCAUGCUCGUUGGCUGGGGGGCACUGCUGAGUGUGAGUGUCAAUCUCCACGGUGUGCACGCUCGUCCCGUGGUUCGCAACAUUCGUUCCACGCACGAGUUUGAUCGUCUUUUGGAGAAGCACGCGUCGGAGACGGGCUUGCCGGUAGUCGUGGAUUUCUAUUCCGACUCGUGCGGUCCGUGUCGCAUGAUGGCGCCGAUAUUCCGCAACGUGGCGGCGGAAUUCGCCGACCGCGCCGUCUUUGUCAAGGUCGACACCAACGCGCAGCCGGAACUCUCGCAGCGUUACCAAGUGCGAUCCCUCCCCACCUUUCAGUUCUUUGUCGACGGCAAAAAGGCCCACCAGGCCGUGGGAGGUAUUGGCGAACAGGGACUCCGACAGGAAGCCAAUCAGAUUGUCCGACAGGCGCAACUGGAAAACGUACUCCUCACUCUCGACGCACUGCUGGAGUACUACCACACGGUGGAUCCGGAGAAGCCCCGCAGUGACGUCGAAACGGUCUACCAAAAAUGUGCCAAAAUGAAUCGCAAAGUAGAAGGUUGUGUCGGCUCCAGUGCCAACGCUUUGGCCCGCAAACUCAAGAAAAAGUACCAAGCCGCGCCCCAACUCGUCCCGCGAAUCCUCCCAACCGACGCUCCGACGUCUACCCCCAAACCUUCCCGGGCCACUCCCCCGGUUGCGGCAUCGUCCAACACCGGAACUCCCACUACCCACACGCUCGAGUCCGCCUCCCUCGCCGACCUACAGUCCGAACUCGAACGUCGCCUCGACCAAGCACGCGACGAACAGGUCGAACACGAAGACCCCGCGGAAGACGAAGCCGACCCCGAUUUUCGCCCGUGGCCGGGAUCGUCGCAUUCCGCUUACCCCGAAGCCGUCCUCGUCAUCGGCGGCGGACCGGCUGGACUGGCGGCAGCCUUGUACGCGGCCCGCGCCGGUUUGGCGCCCCUCGUACUCGCACCCUCACUCGGCGGACAAUUGCAGGGCAAGGGAGUGGACGUGGAAAACUAUCCCGGAUUGCCUCUCGUCACGGGACCGGCCGUCGUGGCCGCCAUGCGCAAACAAGCCGCGCAUUUUGGAGCCUUUUUCGAAGACGACGUCGUUUUCCGAGUGGACGCGUCCCAGCGACCCCUACAGAUCCACACCAACGCCACCGGUAUCAUCGCCGCGCAUUCCAUUAUUGUAGCGACCGGUGCGGAAUCCAAUUGGUUGGGAAUUCCGGGAGAAUGGGAAAUGCGUGGCGGAGGCGUUUCUAGUUGUGCCACCUGUGACGGAUUCCUCUACGCGCAACGGGACGUGGUCGUGGUCGGCGGCGGCGACGCCGCCAUGGAAGACGCCCUCGUACUAGCCCGGACCUCCCGAUCCGUCACCGUCGUCCACCGGCGGGACAAAUUUCGUGCCUCCAAGGUAUUGAGCGAUCGCGUACAGAAUCAUCCAGCCAUUACCGUUCGGUGGAAUGCCACCGUUCAGGAAAUUUUGGGGCAAGCCGUGGUGGACGCGAACGACGAAGACGAUAAUUCGAACGAUCAUGACGUCGACUUGGAUUCCAUUCCGAAGCAAGUCACGGGCGUCGUGCUCGUUGACACCGUCACUGGAGAAGAAACUAAGUUAUCGUGCCACGCCGUCUUUGUCGCGAUCGGACACACGCCGGCCACCGCCUUUCUCCACGGCGUCGUAGAUUUUGAUCCGGAGCACGAUGGCUACCUGUGGACGCAACCACAUUCGACGCAAACCUCCGUGCCCGGAAUUUUUGCUGCCGGCGACGUGGCCGAUUCGGUGUAUCGACAAGCCAUUACCAGUGCGGGCAGUGGCGCCGCCGCCGCACUCGACGCGGAACGGUAUCUUUCCGAACACGGCCUGGGCAUGGAAGAAGAAUUGCUGGAAGCCGAAUUGUUGGCCGAACUCGUCAACGACGGCGGGAUGUCGGCGCGAGAAUCGUACAACGCGUACGAAGACGCGGGUGGACGGAUGCAGGGAAUGAAGGAAAGUGUAGCGGCCGAACUUUAGAAUCACACCUUUAUGUUUGAUAGCGUACGCGAGGCAUACGCGAACUAGGGAGUGCAGCAAAUUAUUGGUAGGCUUUUGUGACCCCUGCGUUCGACGGUUUUAUCUAGCAUAAUUCUUGAUCCACCUAGUCAAAGUAUUUACAUCGCCAUGGCGG